AUGAGUGGCAAAGGGGGGCACAAACAUUUUGCCAAACCCUAUGUGGACCCAUACCUUCUCUACAAGGCUUUUCACACACAUGAAGAGCUGCUCAAAAGCUUUGGAGCAUAUGAGACAGUCUCUAGGAGCCAAGCAACUGAUGCCAAAGGUCUCAUCCACUGUCUGCCACUUCUUGAAGACCUGCUGAAAAUUUCUCCUUCUGGGGAAAUUCACCCCAACCCCCUGAGACAAAGCAUCAUGAAACUGGUACAAGAGAAACCUGCAAUGAACCAAACCGACUGGAAUUGCCAAGUAUGGACAAACAUGAGGGCUGAGAGGGUGACAGUCAUUUUGCUACACUUGAGAAGGUUGAAAUCAGAAGAAGAAAUGAGAAAGUGUGUGGGGAAACUGACAGGAAAGGAUUGCCUCCAGCUCAAAAAUUUGGAGGAGCCUCUUGACAAAAGGGGUAUGGAGGAGGGAAAAGAAGAGGAGGGAGAGGAGGGAGAGGAGGAAGAGGAGGAAGAGGAGGAAGAGGACGAAGCCUUGUUGUGCAGCAUCCUUGCCAAAAGGAUGAAGAACAACAAAGGGAAAAAAGCUGGGUCAGGCACUGUGAGCAAUGCAAGAAGGGCCAGGUUUAGAGAAGCAGGAAUGAAAAGAGAGAAUGACACUAUGGAAAAAGAAGAUGAACACUCCAAGAAGGUUGACUGGGAGAAAGACAAGAGACAUGGCAACAAGAAACCACACCUGAUGUCAGCCUUGGAGAUCAAGUAUAACUUGGCCAGCAAAGAAGAGAAGGCAGAAUUGAAAAAGGACAUGGAAAAAGAAAAACAUGCAGCUUUUGACAAAAAAGCUGUCAAACCGGAGGAUGUGAAGGAAGCAGCUGUUGACAAAACAGUUGUAAAGGAGGAGCCCACAGCAGCAGAACAGAAAGAUGCCUUGACAAAAGGCAGUGAUGCACCAGAACAGAAAGAUGCCUUGACAAAAGGCAGUGAUGCACCAAAGACUUUUGGGCCAUCCAAAGAGCAACUUAAGAAAGGGAAGGAGCCUGAGAGGAAAAAAAAGCCACCAGUGCAAGAGGUUGUGGAUUGGGGUGCUUCUAGCUCCAGUGAGUAUGAGUACUACACUGAGACUGAAAGUGAAUCUGAGGAGUCACCCCCCAAGAAAAGCAGAAGCCAGUCACCCCUUGACAAAAGGGGUCAAAAAAAAUGGGUUCAAAAAGAAAGCCCACCCUUGGCUCUGCAAGAAGCUGAAAAGGUCGCAGUGGAUUGGCACCACACCCUGGAAUGGCAUGACAAUGUGUCCCCACAAAACAUCAGGGCCUUGGAUGCUUUGAAAGAUGCUGGGUACCAGGUCUACCUUUGCAGUUUCUCAGGGUGGGACAGAGCCCAAGAAACCAAGAGACUGAGCUGGAAGGUAUGGCAGGGCUGGGAAAAGCAAAUCUACACAACAGAGAAGACUGGAAACUAUGGAAAAGCACAGGCCUGCUAUUACCACAACAUCAAAACCGUCUUUGAUGACACCUGGGAGGUCAUUGAUGAAUGCAGCAGAUGGGGUGUUGAAACAUACCUGUGGUGUCCAAGUGGGAUGAGAAAUACUGGGAAGGGAUUGAUACCUACAGGUCCUUUGCCCAGGCUGUGCAAGCUUUCCUUGACAAAAGGUGAGCUGAAACACUUGAGCUGCACUGCAAAAGGUAAAAAACAGAAAAGCACCUUGACAAAAGGUGACCUUGCCAAGCUUGGCAAACUGAGUUUGGAUGAGAGAGUGAAAAAAGUGAGUGAGGAAAACCAGUCUCCAGAGGAAGCUGCCUUGGCCUUGAAAGAUUCCUUGACAAAAGAUGAAUCUGCCAAGAUGUGGUCAAAACACCAAACAUAUUUGAAAGCCAAGCCAGAAGAGAGAUCAGCCCAUGAGCAACUCACAAAAAAGGAAAAAGGGCUUGAGGUAGUCCUUUGGUUUCUCAAGCACAAGAAAGGUAUGUUCUUCCACACAGAAGCUUCCAAAGAAGCAAGUGAAACCUUGACAAAAGGUGAGAAAUGGGUCAGUGAGAUGAAAAUGCUGCAAGAAUUCAGCCAGGAAGAGUUCACCAUGCACUUGAACAGUGGCAGGAUUCUUUGGAGGUCUGACCCAUGGACACCUGGAGUGUACAAUUAUUGCGACCAAGGAGACCAAAGCAAACAAACAGUAUUGAAAAGGAAAAACAAAGUGACAGCAGGCCAGGAAAGGGAAUUGGAAACAGAAGAAGAUGAAAAGGAGUUUUUGGCCUUUUGGGGCAAGGGGGCUUUGGCCAGCAUGCAAGAAGCUGAGGUUGCUUUCAAAGGCCAAGGUGCCUUGACAAAAGGCAAAAAAGAUACCUUGCCAAAAGGUAAGGGAAAAGGAAGGGCCAAAAGCUUGCUGGCCCUUACAAAUGGUGAAGAUGAGAAUAGCAAAGAUGAAGAUAAGGACAAGAAAACACCAGAAGAAGAAUGGGCUGACUGCUUGACAAAAGCACAAAAGAGCAAAGAACAGCUGAGGGUGGCCAUGGCCAAUUUGCAAGAAGCUUUGGAUGCUGCCACUGCAGCAGGCAGAACUUCCAAGCAGGACAGGAAAGAUGCCACCUUAGCUUUGAAAGAAGCCCAGGAGUGGGAGCAAAAGCUCAAGGCAAUAACAAGCAAAAGCAAGGGAGGCAAUGUGGAGUCAGCAAAGCAAAACAUCAUAGGUGCAGUGGCAGCCACCAACAAAAUCAAAAAGGAGGUGAAAGAGUUCAGAGCAUUGGCAAACAGAAGUUUUUCCAAAACCAGCAAGAACUAG